AAUAAAUUAAUUAAAUUAUUUUAGAGUUUAGCAAUUUAUUAAAAUAUGUCUAACUUGUUAAAGACUAUUGUUAUCUUACUUGCAAUAACCACUGCAGUUUAUUGUACAGUAGAUGAAUAUGAUCGCAUGAAAAAAAGUACUCUUAAGCUUGUUGUUUAAAUCUACAGACAUGGUGCUAGAUAUCCUAUUUAUGAUAAGACUUAUGAUGCAGCGGAAUAAAAGAAAAUGAAUGGUGAACUCACUCCUGUUGGUAUACGUUAACAAUUUGAACUUGGUAGAAAGUUAAGAGCCGAAUAUAUUACUUCUUCUAGAGCAUUUUUAUCAACUAGCUACAAUCCUCAAGAGUUGUAUGUUAGAUCAACAGAUGUUACUAGAACACUUAUGUCUGCUGAAAGUCAAUUAGCUGGUUUAUAUCCAUACGGCACUGGUCCUAAAAUCCCUACUUAAGUUUAAGGAUAUUCUGCAGAUUAAAAAAAGCAAAUUUUAGAUGCACCUUACAAAUUCUUUGACUAAAGUAUUAGUUAGGAUAUGACUGAUGAUGCUAAUGCAAUUCCUAAUGGCUAUUAACCUAUUCCCAUUCAUACAAUUAGUUAAAAUUAAGAUAAACUUCUUUUGGGUAUGAGUUAUGGUUGUCCUAACUCUUAAAAGUGGACUGCUUAAAACAAAUAGAGUGAUGAAUGGAAAAGAAUUAACAAAGAGUUAAGUGACACUAUCUCUAAGUUUGCUAAAAUUAUGAUAAAAGAUGAAACUUAGCUUGCCUCUUUUGACUUAACAAGCUUACAAUAAAAUAUGGAUACUCUCAUUAGUGAUUAUUUCUAAGGAAGAGAUAUUCCUACUGAGAUGAAGGAUAAAGAUUUCUGGGAAAAAAUUGAAUAGUUACUCUACUUAGAAAUCCAUUUAGAAUUAUUAAAGACAAAGCAAUAAAAGCAAGUAUCUAUUACACCAUUCUUCAAUUCUUUGAUUGGUUACUUUGAAAAGAAGUUGAACAACACAGCUCCUUACAAGUGGUACAUGCACUCUGCUCACGACACCACUACUUCUAUGAUAUUAGUUGGUAUGAAUUUAACUAGUUGGGAGUGUAUGGAACGUUAUCACACUAACUAAUUAUAAAAAGAUGAAGUCUGUAUCUACCAACCUACUACAUAUGCCACUAAUCUUAUGUACGAGCUUAGAGAAGAUCCUGAUACCCAUCAAAAUUUUGUCAUGUUUUCCAUGAAUGGAUAGUACUUGCCCAUAUGUGAUUAAACAUCUAAAUACUGUGACUACGAAGAAUUUAAGAGAAGAAUUGCUUAAUAAGUUGUACCUGAUUUUGAUCAGUAAUGUGGAUUUAUUGAGGCUAAAGCUGCAGAAGUUUAAUAAUACACCUUCUCUUCUAGUUUAACUUUUAUAAGCAUUAGUUUACUUCUUUUAUCUUUACUUUGA